AUGAAUAAGACCAGUGAGAUAAAUGAGGCCCCAGAGGUCGUGGAAAUGGAUAUGGUGAAGGAGCAUAUGAACUAUGACCUCAUCGAUCGUGAAGUUGCCGAAUAUGCAAAUGCGACCAUCGUAGAGGUUGACGAAGUUACCAAUCGCCGACUCAAGAAGCUCAUCGAUAAGCGUGUGAUGGUAGUCAUGGUUGUCACCUACCUAAUCCAAACAUUGGACAAAGGCACCAUGUCUUAUGCAUCCAUUAUGGGCAUCCAAGAAGAUACCCAUUUGGUGGGCCAACAGGAAAACUACAUCAUUCAGCGAGUCCCCAUCGCCAAGUGGCUAUCAGGAAAUAUCAUGCUUUGGGGUGUUACUCUUGCUCUCCAGGCUGCAAUGAAGAAUUUCGAAGGUCUGAUUACCUUAAGAGCAUUCUUGGGUGUAUUUGAAGCUGUCAGUCAACCGGCAUUCACGUUGUUGUCGUCUAUCUGGUACACGCGAGAGGAGCAGGGUGGAGCCGUCACAUUUUGGUUUAUGAUGAAUGGACUGAAUCAAAUUCUUGGUGGUCUUUUGGCAUUCUGCUUUUCAUUCAUUCCCGACACCUCUCCGAUCAGCUCCUGGCAGGGUCUCUUCAUGUCAUAUGGCAUCAUGACCGUCUUCUGGGGCGCAUUUGUUGGCUGGUGGAUGCCAGACUCUCCUAUGAGAGCACACUGCUUUACUGAGAGCGACAAGCACCUUAUGGUAGAACGUGUACGUCGCAAUCGUACCGGUUUGCAGAAUCGCAAAUUUCGCAAAGACCAGGUGUGGGAAGUGGUCAAAGACCCACAAGUCUAUGCAAUCGCACUUAUCCAGCUUUUGCUUACUAUUCCUUCCGGUGGUCUCGGUGCUUUCAACAACAUCAUUGUCAAGUCAUUCGGCUUCACCACUUGGCAAACCCAGCUGCUGCAAAUGGUCUCCGGUGUGGUCCAGCUCACUGCUAUGCUUAGCGCUGUCUGGAUCGAAAAGCGGUAUAAGCAGACAAUAUUCGUCAUGAUGGCCUCGGUCAUACCCACAAUCGCCGGUGUUGUCGUGCUCCUAACCGUUCCCUUCUCCCAUGAUAAAAGGGUUGGUCUUCUCUUCGCCUAUUAUAUCAUGAUUGCAUACUGGGGCUGUGCUGGUCUUGCUCUUUCAAUAGUGACACGGAAUGUCGCGGGUCAGACGAAGAAGAGUGUGGUCAUCGCUUGCAAUUUUGUGUUUUGGGCUGUUGGAAAUGCGAUUGGGCCCCAGACCUUCCGAUCCAAGGAUGCGCCGCGCUAUUUUCCGGCACUAGCAACUGUGCUGGGCUGUUUUGUGCUUCUGGAGGUUGUUUUGCUUUCACUGCGCACUUGGUAUAUUACUGAAAACAAGAAACGCGACCGAAAGGUCGAACAAGGGGAGGUGACAGCCGAUACGGCGUUUGCUCACUCUUUCGAGGAUAUCACUGACCGAGAAAACCCAAACUUUCGCUAUAUCUAUUAG